ACCCACCGGACCAAAACUCUCCUCCGCCCCGCCUCCCCUUCACCAAAUUCGCGCCCAGGCAAGCCAAACCCUAGCGAGAGCCACCCAUGGCGAGGACCAAGUGCGCCCCUGCCGCUGUCAACGUCGCCGACGCCGCCGCCCACAUCGCCGACGCCGCCGUCCAUGCCGCGGACAGCGCUCGGUCCGCGUCGGCCGCCACCCGAUGUGCUGCGGCCGCGGUCGCCGCUGCCGCGAGACACUCGUGUCCUGCCUCCACUGAGCCGGAGGUUGACCUCGAGCUGGGGACGGUCGAGUCCUCCUCUUCCUCGUCCUCCGCACCCUCUUCGCCUUCCUCGUCGUCGGCCACCUCUACUCUUCAAAAUUUCAUGGAUAUGUUUGAGUGGUUUGAUAGUUGGUCAGGCGUCAUUUAUCAGCUCUUUUUGACAGCCUCUAUGGGUGUGCCGGUCUACCCCUCGUACAAUCAUAUCAGCAAGAGGCCAGAUCCCGAGUACAUGUUGUUUUUCAUCAUUUACUGUUGUGUUUGGAUCUGUAUCAGCACUGUUCUUGUCUUCCUGUUCUUGGGGAGGUCUAGGAAGGAGAAGCGGCUCUCACUGUGGAUGUAUAGACUAUACAUGAUGGGAACCUGCAUCUCAAUGAUCCUCUUCAUUUAUCUCCUGAUCCCUCACACUACUGGAGUGAACCUUGGAGCUGGAAUACUGAUAUCCUCGGUAGUACUAGCCCAUAUGACUGCCUGGAACAUCAAUCUUACUUACCCCUGCUCUACAAAUGAAUCUGAAAACAAUUCGGAGGGUUAGCCACUAGAGCUUGGAGUUCUCUGAUAGUUGAUUUGUACUAACUCAGUCCUAGUCAUCUAAUGGAUCUGACAAUGACAUAGAGGGUUAGUGAUUGUUGAGGAAGUUCUGACUAUAACUAUAAUAGUAUGAUUUGUUGGAUCCCUU